AAAAAAACGAUUCGUCAAUAGUGAAAAGUGUCUGAUCUAUAAGUAUCUACGUCGAUUCGAUGUUAUUUGGAAAUCGAACGAAAUCCGAGAUAGAUAAUUAACUAUCUUUCGAGUGAUAUCUCGACGAAGAAGAGGAUAUACACGUUUAAUAAGAAAAUCAACGAUAGAACACGGAGAUACAGCAGCACGGGCAUGAAAAUAGUUCUAGAUAAAAUAGGAAACGAUGCAAGUUGGACAAUUAUUAAUUACGCAGGCUACGUGCAUUCCAAAUUAUUAUCUAUUGGAUGAUAACGAUAGUUCCGGUAUUCCUCAUAGCGACGGAAGUUCUGCAAGCAAUUCGCCGCAUCAUUACGAACGUUUUUCAACGCCAACACACUUGAUGGAUCUCAGUAAUCCGCCGGAGCACCGUGACGUGCAACCUUAUCAUCAUCAUCAUCAUCAUCAUCAUCAUCAUCCUCCUCCUCCUCAUCUUCAUCAUCUUCAUCUUCACCAUAAUAAUAAUAAUAAUAAUAAUAAUAAUAAUAAUAAUAAUAAUAAUAACAACAACAACAAUAAUAAUAACAACAACAACAACAAUCAGACUGCUUAUCAAACUCAGUCACCACCUUUUAUGAUAUACGAAAAUCCAGAUGAAGGUAAGAGGUAUCAUCCUCAAGAUCAUCAAGACGGAAAAAUCAUAAGAGAUUUACAAAUGAUUUAUGACAGAAGAUUGCACGGUAACUCGCCGGUAUUUUUAUCGGAUCACGGUAAAGAAAACGAACAAAAUCUUUAUCUACCGGCGUCGCCGAAUCAAAUGUAUUCUUCUGGUGGUGAAGAACUUACAACAAUCUCUGUUUCCAAACCAUCGCAACUUCAAAAUGCUGAACCAUAUCGAUUGAUGGAUGUAAUUGAAUAUAAAUCUGAUACAUUGCAUGAAUAUAAAAAGGAGGAUAUCGAUCAACAGCAACAGCAGCAACAACAACAACAGCAGCAACGUCAUCAUCAACAGCAACAAACAUCACAGCAAUUGGAGGAACAACAAAAUUAUAAUAAACAGAUCGAUCAAAAUCCAGCAUCGUCGACCAAAAAUUGUAUUGUAGAAAACAAUCGAGUAAAAAAAAAAAGAAAGCCGAACCUCGAAGAUUCCGAAAAUGAAAACGCCACUUCUUCCUCGACGAAAAUGAAAGUUCGUAGGAAGAGUGGUGCCACUUACGAAGAAAUCCAAAAUCAAAGAGUAAUGGCGAAUGUUAGGGAACGGCAAAGAACUCAGAGUUUAAACGAAGCAUUUUCCGCCCUUAGAAAGAUCAUUCCGACAUUGCCGAGCGAUAAACUCAGUAAAAUUCAAACGUUGAAACUUGCUACGAGGUAUAUUGAUUUUUUAUAUCAAGUGCUACACUGUAAUAUGGAAAACAACGAGGAAGAAAAUGAAGAGAGAAAUCCAAGAAGCGCAGUAUUAGCUGCAAGAGAAAUAACGGCAUCGUCUUGUAGUUACAUGGCACAUGAAAAACUAUCUUAUGCGUUUAGCGUUUGGCGUAUGGAGGGUGAUUGGAACUCUAACUUAUAAAUAAAUAUCUGUCAUAGAUAAUCGAUAAUUCAAAGUAUGUAUGUGUAUGUAUAUGUAUAUGUAUACGUAUAUGUAUAUGUAUAUAUAUAUAUAUAUAUGUAUAUAUCCGAAUGACUAUAAUAGAAGGAUUAAAUGUAUAUGUGAAAUGCAUACGAAGGAUGCAGUAAAAGGCAUGAAGAUAAUGAUGAAUCUGUUACAAUGCUCGGUGUGUAUCUAUUAUCUAAAUAUCAUACAUACAGAGUGUUUUACAUUCUUCUUUUUUCUCCUGACUUUCAUAUAACGUGAAUAUUCCGUUAAAUAAAAAUGCCAUGUUAUAUAAAUUAGAUUACAAAUUUUCUUUUAUAUAGUUUCAUUUUUUGUUACUUUUCCUUUUUAAUUAUACAAAACGCGAUUGAU